AUGGAAAGAAGAGGACAAACAAAAAUGAAGUUUUCCAAGUUCAAGUUUUCUUCAAUUAGAUCAAGUGGAAAGUACGAUAAAGAAUCCACGAGUAGCUUUAUCAAUGAGACCGAUGUCAACGAAGAAUAUAAGAAGGCGUUUAGGACGCAGUCUUAUACAGAUAUUUAUAACCAAGUUCAGACCCAUAUGAGGUAUGAUCGUGGAUCGUCCUCGUCUUCCAUUCAUGAUCACUACGUUCGUCUAUGUGAUAUUCUUCUUGAACCGCAAAGUGAAACAAUAGCAAACCUAGACAAGACAUUCAAUCUCCACCAUCUACUCCUCGAGUUCUUCAAAGCUGGCGUAGAAGCAUGGAAAAUUUGUGAAGAUCUACUUGAGUCAAUCCAUCAGAUUAACACAAACUAUCGUAAGGUCGAACAAAUCAUCAAUCUAGCCCAAAGGGUUCCAAACGGUAAGCAAUGCCCAAUAUUAUACGAAGAACUUGCUUCUUAUUCGUCCUUGAUGAAUCCUCUAUCAGAUUUUGGUCCAGAAAAAUUUCCCAAGGUACACACCAACCAUAAAAUGUUGUUGAAGAGGUUAACCACAAAGCACAUAAGGAUCAAAAGAAAGGAUAAAAUCAUCAAAAUUGUGAAGAAGUCAGGGGGCUGUGUUCUUGUAGGUUUGUACGUAAUUUUAGCCGUGACACUGCUAGUUCUCGCUUGUCAUGGCUUGGUUGUGGCAGCAGCAUCUCCAGGCUUGAUAGCAUGUUCAUUGGGGUUAGUCAAGAAGGCAUCUUCAGAAAAGAAAGGGGCCAAAAUGAGUGAUCUCAAACGGGUUGUGAUGCAACUAGACGUGGCUGCAAAAGGGGUUUACACAAUGAUCAAAGACCUUGAUACAAUGGGUUGGCUUGUGGGAAGAUUACACAAUGAUGUUGAAUUUGGAAGGUCAAUGGCUCAAAAAUGCAUUAAAAACCGGAAUCCUGAUGUGUUGGAGGAAGUUGUGAGGGAGUUUAAUGUUCACGGAAGAUGCUUUUUGGAACAAUUGGAAGAACUCGAAGAUCAUAUUUACUUAUGUUUGCUUAACGUUAAUAGAUCUAGAAGACUCUUGGUAGAAGAAAUAAUUCCUGGAUCACAGAACUGA